AGGAGUCGCCGGAGGGCGCCCGCGCGCUGCUGCAGGACAACCCGCAGCUGUGCUACGCGCUGCUGCAGGCCCAGCUGCUGCUGGGCCUGACCACGGAGACGGUGCUGCCGCCCGACGUACAGGAGCCGCGAGCGCAGACCGCCCAGCGGCGCCCGUCGCUCAUCCCAGGCAUUGGGAUUCCUCGGCCAGCCGCUCCGCGGCCGGUCAUGACCGGGGGGCUGCUGAACUUCCCGGGGCUGAUCACAGCCAGACCAGGAGUCGCUCGCCGGGCACCCGCUGGGCAUGGUCUCCCCGGCCGCGUUCGGGGCGCCCGUGGCGCGGCCGCCGGUGGUGCGACCGCCAGGGAGGUGAGGCGGCGGGGACGCCUCGGGGCCCUUCGUGGGGCUGGCCCGCGCGGUCGGUGAGCCCGGCGGCGGGGCCGCCUCGAGGGGGCCCUGCGCGGGGCUGGCCCGCGCGGCCGGUGAGCCCGGCACCCGGGGCGGUCCGGCGGCGCGCCUCCCCGCGCCAGGCUGCACGCCAGGGCGACCCCUCGCCGCAUAGUGGCAUUUUGGGGGGCACGGGCAGCGGGGCGGCGGGA